CCGCCGCCUCACAGUUUAGAACGAUGACUCGCCGUCAACCGCUGGCACUGCUACUGGUGGCCGUGAGUCUGGCCAGGAUUGCGGCCAGGCCAGGUGCACAGAAUCCGCUCGAAUCGCUGGGCAUGGGCGCCAUGGCGCUGGCCGGGAAUAUAGCGGAGGCGGUGCAGAGUGGCGCUGCCAUUUCACGUGACCUCAACAUCGACAAUCCCCUAAUGUCCAUGCACUCGAAAACGGCCGUGGGCUAUGGCGAUGCCAUACGUCCCAUUGCCGCCGACUCAUCCGAGGAGGAUCGUCGCCGGAAGCGUAGACGCCGUAGUCUUCAUCGCCACAAGCGUGCUCCUUGCUUCUGGAAAAUGGGCUCGGCUGCCACCACAGCGGCGUCCGCCGACGAUGACGUGGAGGCCAGAAGGCGAAGGGCACAAAAGCGCGCCGCCAACAAUGCAUCCCGAUCCCGUGUGAGUCCCAAGAGCAGCGGCAAAAAGAAGAUGUUGGUGCGACGACGACGACAGGCGGCCGAGGGCAUGGAAGUGACACCGGAUAUGGACGGCAUGGAUCCCUUGGGCCUGGGCACUAGGAUCAAGGCCAUGUGGCUAUCCUUCGUGGACAACGUGACGGAUGUGAUGCAGCAGGUGCGCCAGAAGAUCUCCGAAACGACCAAUUCCACGGGCUAGCUACCUGGGUGGAACCAGGUCCACACUGACGUAGUGUGUGUAUUUUAUUUCGAGUGUAUUUUUUUUUUGUUUGUUUAUAAGUGCAAUAAAAGCAACUGGAAAC